AUGUGCAAUUUUAGUUUAGCUGAUAUACUGAUACAUCUAAAUUCUAAUCGUAAUCAGAUUGCUAUGUGAAUAUUUUUGUAAGCUUUCAUGUGUACAGUAAUAUACAUAUGACAUAAUGCAACAAGUUUAAACCAUAAAUAAUAGAAAAAUUAAAGUAAUAUGUAACAACUUGCGGAGUUGAUACAUAAAAUAAAAUGGUAUUUUUCAAUCUCUGGUCAGUACUACAAUGGUAUUUAAGGCCUUUUAUAAAAUGGUUUCUAAGAAAAACUACAAAGCUUUGCGAACUACAGAGAAUAUGCUAUGGCGAUAGGGCUGGAGCCGAAAGAACGUGCAACAUUGAAAAAUCAUUAAUGUUGAGCCGAACACAAGAUGUUAAGGAGGUUGUGUCAUUUUUAGAUUCAAUAGUAAAAGAACGAAGGUUUAUUUCAUCUCAGUUUCAUCAAAUUCUUGAUCCAUCUAUAAACAUCAUCUUAAGAGUAAAAAAAAUAAAUCCAAAACUACAUGAUGCCUUUGUACCUUCAUUUCGGAGAAGCUUACAACAAAUUUGGUGUUAUCGACAACUGGUGGAUGAAAUAGAAGAUCUUCGUCGCACGCAGUUUGAUAGUAAUAAUUUAGACCAUGAAGAUAAAUUAUUGAAAUUGUGGGAUUUAUUAGUACCUAACAAUCCUUUAGAAGCACGGGUAACAAAAGAAUGGCAAUACAUUGGUUUUCAGGGAGAUGACCCAAAAACUGAUUUUCGUGGUAUGGGACUUCUUGGCUUAGAAAACCUCUUAUAUUUUGCCUCUGAAUAUCCUGAAGUAUCAAGUCAUGUUUUAAGCCAUUCAAGACAUCCUAAAUAUGGUUACACUUUUGCCAUUGUAGGCAUUAAUUUAACUUCAAUGGCUUAUUAUCUUCUUAAGGAUGGAUCAGCAAAAACAUAUAUGUUUAAUGCUAAACAGUAUCUGCCUUGUAUUAAUUUAUUUCAUAAAUUUUAUUGUUAUCUCUUUUAUGAGUUUGACAAAUUAUGGAUAGAGUCUAAGCCUGAAAACAUUAUGGAGUUUUCUGUAAUCUUCAAAAAGUUUGAGAAUGCAAUACACACUGAAUUAGCUGACCCAGCAUCUGUGUUCAGAAUAAAUAUAGAAGUCGAUACCAUUUAACGAUUAAAACUAGUCAUCAUAUUUGUUUUAUAGAUCUUAAUCUCAUAUUUUAUAUUAUAAAAAUAUGCAUUUGUUGUGUAUAUUUAGCAAAUGAGAAAUUGACCUUAGAUAUGUUAUCACUCACUGAUAUUUAAAUAUAUGGUGCUCUUAUGAGUAACAAUGCUUGUUUGAAUGUAAAUUAUUUUUAUGUAAGUUCAUGUGUCUGUACAAUUAUGCAGUAUGCAAUAUCAACAAAUUUAAUUAUGGCUUUUUAAAAUUAUAUCUGUUGAUCACUCCAUGACAUGAUUGUGAUAUAAUUAUUAUCUUAGUCACAUAAUGCAAGGUAUUUUUUCACUAUAAGAAAUGAUUGCAAAUAAAAUUCAC